AUGGAAAGUGAGAGUUUAGACAAUGAAAUUUCGACAACAGCGACAACCCCAACGCGAGUUUGGAAGCUGAAACGCUACGGUCGUUUUCUUCCACACGGUAAAGUAAAGGCCUCAGGUCGCGGCUGCGCGUGGAAGAUUUUUGACUCCAGUGACAGCGCUGAGAAGCUGGAGUUGAAUAUUUUGGACUCUGCUCAUCUGCUGGUGUCUCAAGGCCAGGAGCUUUUGGAGGGCUUUUCUUUACUUAAUUCACAAAGCUUCCUGAAAGUCCAGCACAAAUCAGACAGCCUCCUGUUCAACAUUACAGUAAAGGGAGAGAGCCGUUUGAUCAGACUGCAGUUUGAUGGCAGCAGUCGUGCAGAAGCUGCAGAUUUCUGUGCUGAAGCAGUCGAGAGGCUGAAGGAUCAUGUACGUGUUCAAGAACACAUGACCACACGUUCAUCUGCUGCUAAAUCCACCCCUGAACAACCUGGACCCUCCCCACAAGAGCCGCAGACCCCUCAAGAUGAUGAGCCACAGGCGGCCCCUGACCUUUCUAUGGAAUCACUGUCAAUCAAACAGCUUUCUCAGUAUUUCCUGGGUGAGAGUAAGAUGUCUCUGCCGGUGGCGUAUCAUCAGUCCACACUGCCUCCUGGAGACAUGGAGCAGCUACUGCGUCUCUGUCUGCUAGACUCCAGCUUUCCGUCGUUUGUUGAGGAGGUGGAGAAAAAGCUCCGAGAGAUCGUUCAAGAAUGAGGAUGCGUGUCGCUGGAAAACGCCUGGAGCGGCUCCUCUGCUUGGAUAUGUCCGUAUGGUCGGGAUAUGCGGUUGGUGAUCUGGAGACCAGAAACGGGAAGGACUCGGUGAACUUGUUUUU